UCAUUUGUCGGCGCUAUGCUUUUUAAAGUUUAGUUGGACCCAUCUGUUGUUCCUGAAUCUCCAUAGGUCUUUAAUGGUGCAGAAUAGAAUUCUUUAAAUGCUAAGGAACGUUUCAAAAGUUGACGAGGCUGUUACCUUAAAACCGAUAACGAAAUGAUAAAUGAGGUUACAGGGACCUCGUGAAGUCGUUAAUUUAAUCGUCUGCGUGUUGUCUAGCCCAUGCAAGUGUGUAACGAGAUGCCGUGAAACUUUGGAUACCGUCUGACCAAAUAUUGUUUGACAGCCAUUUUCCGGCGAUCAGUCACUUCAUCCUUUGAUGGAGCGUCUAGAGUCACAUUUCCGAUUUCAGCGUCAGACAAUGGGCAUAUUGGUCCAGCUGAACGAAGCCGCUGUAGCCAACGGCAUUGGCACAAAUACCGAUAGUUCCACGGCCGCUGGAGAAAGUUUGAUCGACAGUGGUGGUGCGUCCACGGCCAGUUUUAGUGAUAGCAGCGUAUCAUCCCGUGGCGGGCCGUGGGCCUCUUUAUGUCCUGCACAGCAUCCGCCAUUGGCGAGCCAGAAGAGAUUGGCAUUGGAAAGAGCUCGUUCUUUCGAGUCCAGAUUAUCCUCGGGUGGCAGCUUGGAUCAUUGUCAACCGCCCAGGCGGAUGGAUAGUAGCCUAAACAUUGGAUUUCCGCCACGUUAUCGCCCGUUUCGCCUUGUUGAAGAUGAAGACAGUUCCGAUACAGACACUGAUGUGACGGCCGAGUCCGACGUAACGGCAGCGAAUCGUUGGCGACAGUCGAGUCCCAUUCGUUCACCCCGAGGCGUUAAGCAGCGAAUGAGGCUUUUGUGGAGAGAGUAUUUGUCUCAGGUAGUUAAUGUGCAGCUAAACAAUAUGGGUUACGGCGUCGGAAGCAGAAACGCUCCCAGCUCUCAACAGCCAGGAGCGCCGGAUAGCGGAGGCGAUAACAACGAUCCAAGAACGAACUCGUUAUCGUCUCUGGCUUUCGACUAA